CGUCCAUCAGGUCAUUUUGCUCGCAAGCUCCCCUUCACAAUCUCAUCAGUACCCAGAGCCUGCAUGCGCUUGAGUCAUAUGCAUCCUUCUCUCCCGCCUGCGGUGGACCAAACUUAAGUCGGCGCAGAGUCUUCGCUGCAUUUGAUAGCAGAGAUCGAUACUCAAACCCCACCCACAAACAGCGGUCUAGAACCGAGCAUUUGACAAGCGAAAUAUAUCUUCCAACCCUCCCAUCAGAUAUCCCCGACACAGACAUGGAUACCUUGAGAGCGGUUUUGACCUAUUCUCAAGAAUGGUUUCUCGCACCACGAUGCUGUGUAUGUUUAAGGCGUUUCCAUUCAGCGAAGCCCACCAUCAGGCUAGAAUGCGAUCAUCUAUAUUGCGUCAAGUGCCUUAAGGGCUCCUUCUUCAGGGCUACCCAGGAACCAUCCCUUUUCCCGCCCACGUGCUGCAAGACCGUGAUACCCCUGCGUCUAGCAAAAGAGUACAUGACCGAAAAAGAACUCUACGAAUACGACAAAGCAAAACUUGAAUUUUUGACAACCAACUGGACUCGCUGCAGUAAGAAGACGUGCCGCGUACCGAUUCCGCCCAACCGGGUCACAGCAUAUCAGGCCAGAUGCCUCUGUUGCGGCACCUCCACCUGUGUUUGGUGCAAAGCGGCCUCCCCCCUUAAGAAUGAGUGUGAUAAGAAGCCUGCUCUAAGCCAACCCCCAUCUUCAAAAAACAACUUAGGCUGGCAGCAGUGCUUUGACUGCAAGGCUCUAGUAGAGAGAACAAGUGGUUGUAGCCCGACAAUAACCAGAUUCUGUAACGACUGUGGCAGAAGACGUUUGAUGUGCCGUUGCGGAAUGGAGCAGGCGAAGGACCUUUACCAGGCUCGACAAUUGUCGAAGGAGGAAUAUACACAGAGAUGGUGAAACCUGCGAUACCGCUUCGAAGAUGCCCAGGGUUGGGAUUGGGGUCCAGACGGAGGUCCGCUUCGCAGCUACUGCAGUUGUCUUCUUACUUCCGUCUCAGAUUCGAACAUGCUGGUCGUGUAGAGGUUCCAGAGAUUAACGCAUUCCUCAAUUUUAGA